AUGUACGGGCGAGGGGAGCGGCACUUGACCGCUGUGUUGGAUGAGAACGACGUGGUAGUCUACCAGACCGGCACCUGGCUCGUAGAUGGGGUGUCGGUGGGAGAAGGACGGGCCGGCUUUGCCUACGCACAGGUAGAAACCAUCCAGCUUGUUUGGACACACAAUUGCGAACACGGCGUCGUCCGAGGAUUGGCCUUGGAGCUGGUGCACGACAAGGACAACGCGGACUCGCCUCCCAUCUUUGUCCGCCACCAAUUCGACCAGAUAGAAUUCGGCCCCGAGCAAUUACUUGCAAAGAUACCCGUGGAGUGGGUCAACGACAGCCAAGGUGAGACGAAAGCUUCCUGUCGUGCCUUAGUCUCGGUAAAUGACCAACAUUGGCAGGAUUUUCUGGUUUAGACUUUUUCUGUCGGGUUUAUCCAGCAUCGCCAUGGCUGAAUUUCUCGCGAGAUGGUUCGCGGGUUUUCCUUUUACGUAGAUGACGAUGACAUUGUUUGAAUAGUGAGCAUGUGUAGCCCACCAAGUGGGCUUUCUACUCAUCCAUACGAAUCCGUAAUCGCGAAUGUACCAUCAUUAUACUAAUGUAAACAUUAAAGAUGCGCCAACCUGUAAACCACU